GGGGCAAUUGUGGAGCGUACACUUGAUUACUGCUAGAGAUAAUAAGAUCAGCGUCUUAUUAUACUGAUAUUGAAUUUUGAGUUCCGUCUGUUCCAUUUAGGACUGGUCAUUUUUUUUCAAUUACCGAUAGUGUGGAGUCUUAACUAACCGAGACCGAAAUCAGUCAAUUGAAUCUCCGACACCGAAUAAAUCAGUCAAUUGAAUCUCGACACCAAAGAACUUCAUUAAAUCAAUCGUAUACGGUUAAGUCCAUUUCACGUAUCGUCCGCCUAUAGUACUAUCCACCUCCAUUUCAAAUUACUCCAUGGUUCCUCUAAGGACCCUCCAAAAUGGAAGCUCCAUCCCCACCAUUGCCCUAGGAUGCUAUAACCUCCCAGCAGCUACCACUGGAGAGCUCGUCUUUCAGGCUUGCCACGCCGGUUACCGCCACUUCGAUACCGCCGUGUUGUACCACAACGAAUCAGAAGUGGGCCAAGGUAUCUCCAGGUGGCUCGCAGAGGGAAACCACCGUAAAGACAUAUUCUACACCUCCAAGUUGUGGAACAGCCAGUGCGGGUAUAAACAGGCCACAGCCGCCAUCGACGACUGCUUGGCCAAAGUUGCCACCUUGGAGUACAUUGAUCUUCUCUUAAUCCACUCACCGCUCUGUGGUCCCACCAAACGAUUGGAAACCUGGAAAGCCAUGGAAGAUGCAGUGAUUGCCGGGAAGGUCAAAAGCAUCGGUGUGUCGAACUAUGGCAUUGGACAUCUCGAACAGUUGGUGAACUGGAACCAGUUGCGGAUAUAUCCUCAGGUCAACCAGAUAGAAAUUAGUCCAUGGCUCAUGCGGACUGAAAUCGCCGAUUGGUGCCAGGCCCAUGACAUCGUGGUGGAGGCAUACGCUCCGUUGACACAUGGGUACAAGUUGACGAGUCCUCCCCAGGAGGUUAAAUCGGUGAUGGACAAAUAUGGCGUUGGUGCAGCACAGGUGUUGAUUCGGUGGUCGCUCCAAAAAGGGCAUCUUCCAUUGCCUAAAACGGGUCGCAUAGAGAGGUUAGCUGGUAAUUUGGAUGUUUUUGGAUUUGAGUUGACGGCAGCGGAGAUGAAGCAGUUGGACCACCCGGAAGCGUAUGAACCCACUGACUGGGAGUGUACCGACGCCCCGUGAGUGUGGGGGGUGUCUGAGAUGUUGAUUGUUUCUAAGGGUUUGUUUCCGACUCUUAUUUGUUUGCGUUUAGUGUACUGGUAGAAUUAUACGAGUAGACUUAUCUGAGUAGCUGGACAAGUAGACUUAUCUGAGUAGCUGGACGAGUAGACUUAUCUGAGUAGAUGGACAAGAUCGACCUAUCGACUUGACGGAUAUCCAGCAGAGGUCAAGUGACUAAUUCUUUGGUAUACUAGUAAACGACCGAGAAAUGCAC